GCUUGGGCUGCUACUAGCAGUAUGUGAGAGUCCCGGUUGUUCUGCUUCCUCACCAGCGAUGAAGGUUAUAUCAGUCAGGAUGACUAAAUUAAGCCACAGUAACCAAGAACCUCCAGUGACUUAAUUCAGAGAUGGCUACCCAAUUUCCAUGGUGUCAAUAAACAUACGUAUUGGAUAGAAUUCUUUCCUCCAUUCGUUUGAGAUGCUGAAUUUAUUACACACGAAAUUCUGGUUUAAGUUCCCAAAGCAGGACAGAUGAAGAGACAGAAAAAGGUCCUUGUAUAGAUGCUAAUGGAGGUGAAGAUUGUACAGCUGCUAAUACAGAGAUGAACAAUUUAGGAGACCAAGAAAAGACUCUUGUACCUAUAAGGCCUGGCAUUCUUGUCCAGAGACGGAGUAAAGAGGUGGUGGCCUUAGGAAAUGGAGAGGACGUGGAGGAUGAAGAGGAGGAUAAAAUAAAAAAGAAGCAAAAGCCUGAGAAUGCUGGAGAAAAUGCUCAAGAGGAUGACUAUUUGCAAAAACCACCCAUACCUGUCACUGGAAGUCCUUCAGUUGUUGAUAACCAUAAAAGACCUUUAAAAGGGGUGACAUUUUCUAGGGAGGUAAUUGUUGUGGACCUUGGAAAGGACAACCCUAUAGCUCGAAGCUAUACUCGAUUACAUAAAGAGAGAAAAUGA